UUCCUUUUAGCCUUGUUUCAUUUUCAAAUCGUUCAAACAAAUCUAUUGGAGAGAGAUUAUAUAUGGUACUGAUGCAUGCUUUGUCGACGGUGCCCUCAUCUUGCAUGUAUUUCUCGCGAAUCACAACGAUAAAGGAUCUGGAUUUCAACUUAGCUAUGUUGUGCAACUAUGGAAAUAGUUGCGAAGCAUCUGAACGGCAGUUCAUGGGAGGUGCCAUGCACGCUGCAUCAACGUACGAUGUAUCUAGUGAAAAUGUGACCACACCACCUGCAACAUCGGAUUUAAAAACUGUUGAGAAUCAUCGAUGGAGUGCCUCCUCAGCUUUGUCAAUCAAUUCUGUACGUUCUACGAACACUCAGACAUCGUUGCCUUCAUCUUGCAUCUCUCAAAAUACCAGCUCCUCCACUUCCUCAACGUCUUCCAGAGAAAUUUCCCUUGAAACAUGGGAAACAUGUCCAGAAAUUACAUCUGUAUUGUUCGACCUUUUGGAAUUGACAAGGACAGCAACAAGCACAUCAGCAACUCCUAAUGUCGUACCUAUUGAUAACAAAAUUGAACAAGCUAUGGAUCUGGUGAAAACUCACUUAACAUUUGCUGUUCGCGAAGAAGUAGAAAUUCUGCGUUCCACAAUCGUUGAUUUAGAAGCCAAAGUUGCCCAUUUAGAAAGCCAAAAUCAGGUACUAAGGCAGUUCGCUCCAGUUGAGGUAGUAAAUUCAUUGGCGGUACUGGUUCAACAACAACAGCAAAGGCAAGCGCAUUUACAACAACAUAAUCAGCAAAUAUGUGAUAUCCCUUCAUCCAGCUCUUCACAAACCGCCUCUUUCCAGUCUUUGCUGAAGCGUGGUCUUUAUAUUUUGCAGAAUUUGCAGAAUACGCCAGCAUCUGUUCAAAACGUACCGAAGCAACCGACUUCUGCAGUGGCACCGGAAGCCUCAGUCCCUUCAAAUUCUUCAAAUGUGAUUCAAGUCGAUGGUUCACAUUCUGAAAAGGAAUCUGUGAUUGCGGCGGAACUAUUGCAUUCUAAGCAAUCUGCUAGAAUCGAUGGAUCUGAUUCGUAAUA